AUGAAUCCUGCGCCUUCGGUCGAGGACUUGGUUCAAGAGCGUUUUGACCAGAUGCAUGCCAGGUUCGACCGUUUCGAACAGGACAUGCGGACGAUGGCCGAGACGGUCGCGCUCCAGGCCCGGUACCAGUUGGCGGUGACGCCUCCGAUCCCGCAAGAGCAGCAGCGAGAGGCGGUUCUUCUCGGCGAUGAACGUUUCAAGAUCUUUGCGGAGCAGGUCGAUCGUCGCGUUCGGCAGCAUCGGCCUCUCAUGCAGGAGACGAUCGACCGUCUCAAUUCCGAAA